AUUCAUGUUAUAACCAUUCAUCCAAGAUGCGAGUGUUGCUGCAGCUAGCUAUAGUAUGUUUGUCCGUGGGGGUGGGAGAAAGUGCCUGUCCUCACCUAGAGGCUGGGCUGGAGAACUGGGGGGACACAACGUCCUGGACAUCGGGGGUACUGCCUGUAGAAGAUGACCAAGUUGUUAUCCCAUCAGGCAAGAAGCUCCUCCUGAACGUGUCCCCGCCCUGUCUGUCCUCCAUCACCAUCGAAGCAGGGGCAGCGUUAGUCUGGGGCGACGUGGACAACCUCAACGUCUGUGUCAGCUACAUCCUCAUCAGAGGCCGCCUCCAGAUCGGCAGCGAAGACUGCAGGUUCACCAGGAAAACUCACAUCAGACUUACAGGCGAAAGUAACUCCACGCUGUCUGUUUCUGGCUUUGGGAGGAAGUUUAUUGGCGUGGCUGCAGGAGGCACGAUUGAGGUGCACGGAGAAGAGAAACCAUCGUGGACGAAGUUGAUCCAGACAGCUAAACCCAGCGCCUGUGACAGCCUCUUUGAUUUCCAGAAAAGCGUGUUCCAGGCGGAGUCUGCCCAAGGCCUGUACGUGUCUGUGUUUAAUGAGGACAGCUCUCUGUGGGACUUUGCCGUGUUCAGGACCGGAGAGGACAUCGCUGACGAGGACCUCAAGUUCCAGGAAUUUGUAGAAAGUAUUCCCCAAGACAAGAUCCUGGCAGUCGCUCUUCAAGGUGAACUUGGUAUUGGGGUCAUGGCCGCUGUGUACGAAACACUGGAGACAGCUGGGGGUCUGACGUCAUCAGCCAUCAGGAACGUCACAGGCAGACAGGCUUACGCCUUUAUCACAAGAACAGGUAAUAUUGGUACAACAGUCGAAAAAUAUGUUCCUAAUCCCCUCGACAAGGACUUCGUAGAAACAGGCUACCUAGCCGUUGAUUACAGUGGGUUCCAGUUCAGAGUCAACAGCAAGGUGUUCUCCAAUCCGAAAAUGAAGAGAGGUGUCAACUUUAAGGUCCUAACACACGAAGCUGCGUACCCUUGUCUCAAGCUCAACGCAGACGUUUCCAGGUGGAGUGCGGGUGACAAGAUCGUCAUCGCAUCCACCGACUUCGACUGGAGACAGGCUGAAGAAAUGACCAUCAAGAGUUGUCCUUCUUGUGCGGUCAACGAGAUCUGUCUGACAGAGCCACUGAAAUACAUGCACUAUGGGGAGGUAACUCUUGGUGUUGACGAGAGGGCGGAAGUGGGACUGCUGAGUCGGAACAUCCUCAUAGAGGGCGUGAUACCGGAAGACGGGUGCAGUGUCAACGAGCCGGAAGAUCAGUACUUCUGUGACCUGUUUGGAUUUGACACAUUUGGAGGUCAUAUCAAGGUUGUCAGAGGCUUCACAGCUGCUCACAUCCAGGGCGUUGAACUCUACCACAUGGGGCAGCAGCGAUUUGUCGGCACCUACCCACUCCACUUCCACAUGUGCGACGACGUGGACGGCAACUGGUUCCGUCACAACUCCAUCCACCACUCUCUGACGAGAUGCGUCACUGUCCACGGCUCAGAUGGAGCUGAGGUGUCUCACAAUGUGUGCUACCUCCACCGCGGGCACGGCUUCUUCCUGGAGGAUAGCGCGGAGCAGAGGAACGUCUUCGACAGCAACCUGUGUAUCGGCACCAUGCAUGGCACCCACAUCAUGUCCGACAUGAAGAAAGAAUGGUGCAAUUCUACCAUGAAGGAAUUCUGCAAUGCUCUCUCCUCCUACUGGAUCACACACCCCAACAACACCUUCAUCAACAACGUGGCCGCCGGCUCAGAUAAUGUAGGGUUCUGGAUACUAGCAUCUAAAUUCCCCCUUGGUCCCUCCCGACAACGCCAGGCAGAGAGAGGGCUAGUGCCGAAGUUGCAUGCCAUGCAGACAAAGGUCAAGGAAUUCAGAAACAACACGGCUCACUCUAACGCCCAGAGAUCACUGCGAAUCGAUCACCGUAUUUCUCACGGAGAGAAAAAAGACGGUGUUUUUGUCCCCGAGAAUGGAGUAUUCGGUGCCACAAUAUCACACACACCAAGGGAUCCCCCAACAGCGACCAAAGGAUCACUAGACAAAUCCUAUCUCUAUGGGUUCACAGCAUACAAAAACAACGGCCUGAAUGUCUGGACGAAAGCUGGAAUCGUCAUCAUGAGUAACUUCACCCUGGCAGAUGCUACGAGAGGCAUCACUAUGGCUGCAGGGACGUUUGAGACAUACGCUGAGAUAACCAACUCCCUGUUUGUUGGGGAGACGGACAACCUGGGACUGCCACAGGAACCCUUUGGGCGGUCAAGAUCAGGGGCCGCCGAUGAACCUCUCCAAGGGGUGUUGUUCUACCAGGGCCCAGGACACGUGACUAAUACCUUCUUUGACAAGUAUGAGACGAUUACAUCAGAUCAGAUCACCAGGUACGCGGGGUCCAUCAGUGUGAAGCGCAGCAACCCCUACCCCCCUAAAGCCAGCAGCCAUGUUGAGGGGAUCAAGUUCGGUUUCUGCGAUGUGACUGAGGGCAACUGGGCCUUUAAGGGUGAUCCAUCUGUCCCCACCCUUAAGAACAGAGACGGCAACAGACAGAUCACCUUCAGGGACAUCGACGGCAGCGUGUCGGGGAUGGCAGGGACCCAGUUCGUGCCGAACACACGUUUCCACACCACCAACCAGUGUGACUAUAGACCUGUGUCUAACUUUGCUGUGUGCCCUCAUGACUACGCUAAGGCUGUCUUUAAGGGAGACGGAGCUCUUAAAACAUUGAAGGAGAACUACCCCAUGUACAUGCGCCGGGACGACAGACCUGAUGAUCCUUUUGCCUUGAAAGGCACCAAGGGAAAUAUAUACCUGGUAAUCAAGAAGAAAUCCUACACGGUGUAUUUCAACGGUACAGCUCCGACGAAGCUAACGAUAUCUGCAGAAAACCUGGAAAGUGGGGACUAUGUCAGACUCGGCCUGUGUUAUCCGAAAGACGUGACAAGCUUCAGCUUCUCCAGUGGACUUCCAAGGAUAGGGUCAGCUACUCCUGCAAUCAGCGUCAGUAGCAUCAGCGACCUGGACCGCGACACCACGGGGAGGGCCUACUUCUGGGACAAGUCCACAGGGUUGUUAUUCAUCAAGAUAUACUCCAGUGUUGAUCGCGUUGAUGGCGAGAAAUGUCCAGGGUACCGAUGCCCGUCACUUACCAUCACCAGAACAGGUGGCAGCGAUGACCUCAUCGACUGUUACAACGACGCAUACGAUGGAACCUACAACAUAGCUGAAGAUGAUGCAGUGAACAUACCCACGGCUAAGCCUUGUACCAAGACAACAUCAGAGGGAUUUGGUGCCGAGGUGGAGGCGAAUUUCUUCAGUGCUACAGCUUCUACUCCUGUGUGUCCCUCUGACCCUGUACAUCAAGGUCGAUCAACACCCGAACUGAAAGGUUGCUACAUGGACAGCUUCAACUUCAGAGAUGUCCCCCAUGACUUCAUUAAGCUGACGAUGUCCAUGACUGUCAGCUCCUGUGUAGAAAGAUGCUACUACCGGGGCUAUGUGUACGCUGCUCUACAGAACGGUAACGAAUGCCGAUGUGGGAAUAUGUACGGAGGCUUUGGAAACAGCACCAUGUGCUCCAAGUCCUGCUCUGGCGACAACACCGUCAACUGUGGAGGUUCUCUGGCUAACGCUGUCUACACAACCGGCAACGCUGCACUUUCGGCAAUGGUCAAGUGUAGGACAACAGGCGCAGUGAUUGACGGGAAGUGUUAUUACCUCACUUCCGGUACCUAUUCGUAUGUAGAAGCUCAGGCACAGUGCGUCAAACUUGGCGGGAACUUGGCCACCAUCAACUCACAAAGUGUACAGUCUGAAGUGGAGCGCUACAUGAGACCCUUCAAGACUGAUGCCUGGUUUGGUCUGAACGACGUUGCCACGGAUGGCACCUACGUCUUCAUCGAUGGUACAACACUUGGCAGUUACAACAAUGUUAUGCCUGGUCAGGGCAUGUCAACAAAACAAGACUACGGAGUUAUACGAGCAAAAAGCCUUUACGGCUGGGAUGACAGUGGAACAGGAGGGAGUCACCGAGCAUUAUGUCAGCUACCCCUCAGUGGAAGCCCUCCUUCACCAGUAAGUUGUGGUCACAACAAUUACGGACAACAAUUGAAUGGCGGCGACUGUUACCUCGUCAUCAACACAGCCCAGAACUAUAACAGCGCUAAGCACACCUGCUACACUAGACGCGGCACUCUGGCUGAUGUAUCCAACGCUCAGACAUGGGCAACCGUCAAGGAACACAUCUACCGCUUUGGACAGUCCAUGGACUACUGGGUUGAACAGGAAGAAGGGGAGUUUAUCGGAUUGGAGGACACAAGGCUGUUCAGUAAGAAAGUGGUUAAAACGGGAAACCUGCUCGGUGUCGUCUGCAAGAUCGAAACUCUGUCAGCUGCAAAGCCGUGCUCAACAGGCUGGGUUCACAACGGCGGCAGCUGUUACCUCUACACAGGAGUGCGCGCCACGUACGCCGCCGCCAGGGGAUUCUGUAACCAGGGUGACAGCCAGGUUCUCACGGUUCUCAGUGACGCUGAAAACACCUUUGUGGGAGACACUGUGAAGACAGAGACGCUCAAUCCUCUAGUCUACAUUGGGUACGUCUACAAUAAUGCUGCCGACGCCUAUGAGUGGGAAGACGGGUCUUCAUCAGCCUACACCAACUGGAACAGGAAUCACGGGGUGGACAACGUGGUCAAUGGAGAAUGCGCUAGACUUCUGUCACAAAACUACAAAUGGAAGAAUACUAAAUGCAAUUCGAGAAAUAGUGUAAUGUGCAAAGCGCCCACUGGGCCGUGAUUUUGAAUAGUUAGCACUAUUUCAAUUAUGAUAUCUCGCAGGUAAUUAUUUAUUUCAUGGAAAUACACAAAGUGUAGAUAUUAAAUCAUGGCAUAUCUAAGUAUACUUUGGAUCUAGAAAUUUUGUAUUAAGGAAAUGUAAACACAAUUACUACACUUUGUAACAAAUCUAAGUUUACUUUUGGAAUCUGAACACCAUAUCAUUUCGGAAACUGAGCUGAAAGAUGUCACUGAUUGUCGUCUGUUCUUUCCGUUAAUGAUUAAAAAAGCAAUCUGUGCAUGAA